AAAAGAAAAAAAACAAAAAACAGAUUCCCAGUUUCUCUUGAAAAACCUGCAACUCUCACAGACUGGGGCAGGUCAUAGGGGUUGAGCCCUUACACCAACCCUCACCCACCCACUCCGGCCUCUCCAGGUCCCCACAAACUCUGGGGUCAGCUCCUCAAGUUUGUAUUACCCUUAUAUCACCUGCCUGUUGUGUCACAGGCAUCCAGAUUUGGGAUUCUUGGCCUUGAUAUUCUCUUCUUUUUUGACACGAAAAACAGGGGCCCGCCCAGGGUUGUAUGGCGAACUAGUGGCAGACCAGACUGGAGCGCGGGACUCCUGAUUCCCUCGGUCAGGAGGUGGAGUAUUAGGUUGCCCGGCGGAACGACCCCUUCAGCGGAGAGAGGAGGCGGGUCUCUGUCGGCCCCGCCUCGCCCCGCCCCAUGGGGAGCGGCCCCGCCCCCGGCCCUUAAAGAGCGACCCGCCUCCUAGCCAGCCGACUCCGCAGCCCAAACCCCGGGCGGGGAGACUCCGACGCUGCUGCCUCGGGACCCUGGAACCAAGGACGCUUCCAGGCCGGCCGGCCCACCCCGCCCGGCUCCCGCUGCCGCCGCCGCCCGGACCCAGAAGAUGUACCCCAGAAUCCCUCUGCCCCCAAUGCUGCCGCCACUGCUGCUGCUGCUGCUGGCCUCAGUCCCCAGAGUGCAGUGCUGCCCGACAGGCUGCCAGUGCAACCAGCCGCAGACAGUCUUCUGUGCCGCCCGCCAGGGAACAACAGUGCCCCGGGACGUGCCCCCUGACACAGCAAGCCUUUACGUCUUCGAGAACGGCAUCACCACACUCGAUGCAGGCAGCUUUGCCAGCCUGCCAGGGCUGCAGCUCCUAGACCUGUCACAGAACCAGCUCGCCAGCCUGCCCGGAGGGGUCUUCCAACCACUCGCCAACCUCAGCAACCUGGACCUGACUGCCAACAGGCUGCGCGAGAUCACUAACGAGACCUUCCGCGGCCUGCGGCGCCUAGAGCGCCUCUACCUGGGCAAGAACCGCAUCCGCCACAUCCAGCCCGGAGCCUUUGACACACUAGACAGCCUUCUGGAGCUCAAGCUACAGGACAACGAGCUGCGGGCCCUGCCCCCGCUGCACCUGCCGCGCCUGCUGCUGCUCGACCUCAGUCACAACAGCCUCCCGGCCCUGGAGCCUGGCACCUUGGACACUGCCAACGUGGAGGCACUGAGGCUGGCCGGCCUGGGACUGCGGCGGCUGGACGAGGGGCUCUUUGGCCGCUUACGCAACCUCCACGACCUGGAUGUGUCCGACAACCAGCUGGAGCGAGUCCCGCCGGCCAUCCGGGGCCUCCGGGGGCUGACGCGCCUGCGGCUGGCCGGUAACACCCGCAUUGCCCAGCUGCGGCCCGAGAGCCUGGCCGGCCUGGUGGCCCUGCAAGAGCUGGACCUGAGCAACCUGAGCCUCCAGGCGCUCCCACACGAGCUCUCUACCCUCUUCCCCCGCCUGCGGCUCCUGGCAGCCGCCCGCAACCCCUUCAACUGCGUGUGUCCCCUGAGCUGGUUUGGCCCUUGGGUGCGGGAGAGCCGCGUGGCACUGGCCAGCCCGGAGGAGACACGCUGCCACUUCCCACCCAAGAACGCUGGCCAGCUGCUCCUAGACCUUGAAUAUGCUGACUUUGGCUGCCCAGCCACCACCACCACGGCCACGGCACCCACCACAAAGCCCAUGGCUUGGGGGCCCACUCUCUCACCUUCCAGUCCAGCUCCCACCUGGCUCAGCCCCACGCAGCCUGCCACGGAGGCCCCCAGCCUGCCGCCUGCCGCCCCACCCACUCUGGGAGCUCCCCCGAGGCCCCAGGACUGCCCAGCGUCCAUCUGCCUCAACGGGGGCACCUGUCACCUGGGAGUGCACGGCCACCUGGAGUGCCUGUGCCCUGAGCUCUUCACGGGCCUCUACUGCGAGAGCCGGGUGAGGCAGGGGCCCCAGCCCAGCCCCGCCCCGGCCACGCCGGAGCCGCCGCAGCCCCUGCCCCUUGGCAUCGAGCCAGCGAGCCCCACCUCCCUGCGCGUGGGGCUGCAGCGCUACCUGCAGGGAAGCACCGCGCAGCUCAGGAGCCUCCGCCUCACUUACCGUAACCUGUCAGGCCCCGACAAGCGGCCGGUGACGCUGCGGCUGCCUGCUUCGCUUGCUGAGUACACAGUCACCCAGCUGCGACCCAACGCCACCUACUCCAUCUGCGUCAGGCUUCUGGGGGCCGGGCGGGUGCCCGAGGGCGAAGAGGCCUGUGGGGAGGCCCGCACACCCCCAGCCGUCCGCUCCAACCAUGCCCCUGUCACCCAGGCCCGGGAGGGCAACCUGCCGCUCCUCAUCGCUCCCGCCCUGGCUGCAGUGCUCCUGGCCGCACUGGCUGCCGUGGGGGCAGCCUACUGUGUGCGGCGGGGACGGACGGCAGCGGCUGCCACUCACGGCAAAGGACAGGUGGGGCCAGGGACUGGGCCCCUGGAGCUGGAGGGGGUGAAGGCCCCCUUGGAGCCAGGCCCCAAGGCGACUGAGGGCGGUGGGGAAGCUCCACCCAGUGGGCCAGAGUGUGAGGUGCCUCUCAUGGGCUACCCGGGGGCCAGCCCCCAGGGGCCCCUCCCCACUAAGCCCUACAUCUAAGCCCGGAAGUGACAGGCUGCCAGGCCAGGCUCUCAGCCCUGCUGGACCCGCCAGCACCCUCCUGCUGCCAGACCAAGGAAGUUCUCGGAUCCCUACAAAGAGGACACAUCAAGGUGAGGGCUGUGUGACCACAGCAAGAUCCUGCCCCUCAGUCUCCUCAUCUGUGAGAUCCUGGGACGCAGGUGACCACCUCUAAGGUGGCGCUAUGCCUGAGUGCCUACGAGGACAGCAUCUGCUCGGUUCUCUGCAACGUGCACCUUCCCUGGGGAAGGGUGGGGCGGGCCCUGCCGUGUGCUGGUAACACAGGCCCAGGGCUGCCAGGCCCCCCUCCCAGGAGAUCCUGGGGGCCAGUGAAGGAAGCCCCCAGAAAGACAGCAGAGGGAGAGAAAGGCUGGGGAUGGGGCAUGUGGCCCAGCCUCGGCCCCAAGGAGCAAAGGAACAAAAGAAACUGGAAAGACAGACGCUUAGGAACAUGUUUUGCUUUGGUUUUUAAAAAUAUAUUUAUAAGAGAUUCUUUCCCACUUAUUCUGGGAAAAUGUUUUUCAAACUCAGAGACAAGGACUUUGGUUUUUGUAAGACAAACAAUGAUAUGAAGGCCUUUUGUAAGAAAAAUAAAAGAUGAAAUGAG